AUGUGUUGUCAGUCUGAUUUUUCCUUCUGUCUUUGUAGCUCUCCACAGAGAAAAGCUAUUAGCUCAAUGACCUGGCAAAAUCACUCAGUAUUGAUAGAAUUUGUGUUCCUGGCCUAUCCCUUCCACCCUGAGCUGAGGAUCCUGGUCUUCCUUGGAAUCAGCCUGAUUUAUGCAUUGGUCAUCACUGGGAAUGUCCUCAUUGUGUUGGCCAUCCAGAGAGAAACCUGCCUACACAUACCCAUGUACUGUUUCCUGGGCAGCCUCUCAGGGGUAGAAGUAUGCUACACUGCUGUAGUGGUGCCCCAUAUGCUGGCAAACACCCUAAAGACACAGAAGACCAUAACUCUCCUGGGCUGCGCCACUCAGAUGGCAUUUUUCAUUGGACUUGGUGGUGCUGAUUGCUUCCUCUUGGCUGCCAUGGCCUAUGACCGAUAUGUGGCCAUUUGCUACCCUUUGCAGUACCCUCUCAUCAUGACUUUGACUCUCUGUGUACGCUUGGUUGUGGCCUCUGUAGUCAUUGGUUUAUUUCUGUCUGUACAACUGGUGGCCUUCAUGUUCUCUCUGCCAUUCUGCCAGGCUCGGGGUAUCAAGCACUUCUUUUGUGAUGCGCCACCAGUGAUGCAGCUUGUUUGUGCCAACAGCCACUUCCACGAGCACUCAGUGCUGGUGGCAGCCACACUAGCCAUUGCUGUGCCUUUCUUCCUCAUUGCCACCUCCUAUGCCUUCACAGUGUCUGCUGUGCUCAGGACCCACUCAGCAGCUGGCCGAAGCCGAGCUUUCUCCACUUGCUCAUCCCACCUCACUGUGGUCUUGUUGCAGUAUGGCUGUUGUGCCUUCAUGUACCUGCGCCCCAGCUCCAACUACUCCCCCAAGAAAGAUCAGCUCCUCUCACUGGUUUACACACUGGGCACCCCACUACUCAACCCACUCAUCUACACCCUGAGGAACAAUGAAGUGAAGGGGGCCCUAGGGAGAGUUCUUACUAGGAAUUACUUUUCUAAGAAUAGCUAG